AUGGACUCCUCGAACCGCUCAAGAUCCACUUCUCGAAACUCGUCGGAGUUCGAGUUGAUAGCAGAUGUGAAUCAUGUCGAUAAAGCUGUUCAGAAUGGAGUUGAGGAAGAUAGGUCUCUGGAAGAGCCAAAAGAGACUUCUACUGACACAUCAGUCAAGGAGGCUCUCCCAGAGCCUGCUGAGUCAUCAGCUCCCCCAGCUCUCACUAAAGACGAGGCCAUGGCGAAAAUCACUGUGAAGGAAUGGAAUGAGGUCACUGAAAAGUUGUCCUAUCUGGAGAAGGAGGUUGAUAAAUUGAAGGCAAUGAUGGAUAUUUUGAAGGUCAACGCAUCCAAUGAAAGCAGAGACAACAAAUAUGCCUCGUCUUCACAACGUUUCAACCCUCAGUUGGAGGUUCCUCGACACGAGCUCGAGUUUCCGAUACGUGGUUCAUCUCCUGGAAGGAGGAGCCCGGUCAGUCAGUAUAUGGAUCGAACAGGACGAUAUGCACACUGCUCACCAUCACAACAAAAUUUCCGAUAUCGAUCAACUUCCCCACAAAAUCGAGGCUUCCAAUUGUCCCACCAGUCGAGAAGAGACUAUGAGAGUUGUUCCUCUCGAAACGGACAACACGCCCGCUCACCAACCGCCAGCACAAACUCCUGGGAGUCAUCAUCGCCGAGUCAGGGAAAUAGAAAUGCCCAAUGGAGUAGCGGUUCGCCAAUACCACCGAGACUCCGCUCUCCAUCCAUCAGAAAUGGAUAUGAUGACCGACCAUCAAUUCGUGGUGGAUUCCGCUCAACAACACCAAUCAGGUUCUUGGUGGGAAAAAUGUACCGAGAUCCGGACGUUCAAGUUCGGUGUGUGUUCUGUGGAGGAGAACACUUUCAUGAUCGCUGUCCGGUCGUAGUUGAUCCCAUGGAGAGACGGGCUCAUCUGUGGGACAAUGGACGAUGUAUCGCCUGCCUCCGUAAGAAUUGCCCACUCUUUCACCCGCAGUUGAGAUGCAGAUACUGCGAUGGUCGCGUGGAAGAUGUCAUUCACCAUAGCAGUGUCUGCACCCGCCCGGAGGUACGGGAGAGUUAUCGCUGGCAGUAA